AUGUCAAACAGCAACACAACACAAGAGUCUCUGGAAAUAAUGAAGGAGUCUGAAAAAAAAGCGGUUGAGGAAUCUGUGAACAAAACCAAAUACGUAUCCAGAUCACCAAGCAAGGAGGAGGUGGAGAAGGAUGGCGGGGAGGAGGUCAGCGUGCGCCAGGAAUCUCAGAGACGAACUUCAAGUCACGGACAUGCCAGAAAAAGAGCCAAGUCUAAUUCAAAGCUUAAACUGGUCAGGAGUUUGGCUGUAUGUGAAGAAUCGUCUGGCCCCUUCGUAGAUGGGCUGCUGGAGUCCCAGGACAUCAUUCAGUUGCACGUUAGCUGCCCCUCUGACAAGGAAGAGGAAAAAUCCAUGAAAGAUGGGGCGGAGAAAGAAGAAAAAGACAAGAAUAAAGAAAAGGCACCAAGGAAAAUGCUGUCUCGAGAUUCCAGCCAGGAAUAUACAGACUCCACUGGAAUAGAUUUGCAUGAAUUUUUAGUAAAUACACUGAAAAAAAACCCACGGGAUAGAAUGAUGCUACUCAAGUUAGAACAGGAGAUUCUGGAAUUUAUUAGUGAUAACAACAAUCAGUUUAAGAAGUUCCCUCAGAUGACCUCGUACCACAGGAUGCUGCUGCACCGGGUGGCUGCUUACUUCGGCAUGGACCAUAACGUUGACCAAACUGGGAAGGCGGUCAUUAUCAACAAGACCAGUAACACACGAAUCCCAGAGCAGAGGUUCUCUGAGCACAUCAGAGAUGAGAAGAGUGCAGAGUUCCCACAGAGAUUUAUCCUAAAACGAGAUGAUACCAGCAUGGACCGAGAUGAUAAUCAGAUCAGACUCCCCUUGCAGGAUGGGAGAAGGAGCAAAUCAAUAGAAGAGCGAGAGGAAGAGUAUCAGCGGGUCAGGGAGCGGAUAUUUGCACGAGAGACUGGACAGAAUGGAUAUCUCACUGACAGCAGAAUCUCCAAAGAAGGCUUUUCUUCUAGUUCUCACAAACGGAGGCAGAUUUUUAGGGGCAACCGGGACGGUUUGAACCGGGCCUCAGGCAGCCGUCAGAGCAGCACCGAGAGCGAGGUGAAGUCGCUGGAGCCUCGGCCGUGGAGCAGCACAGACUCCGAUGGCUCCAUCCGCAACCUGCGACCCCCCGUUACCAAAGCCAGCAGCUUCAGCGGCAUCUCCAUCCUGACGCGGGGGGACAGCAUCGGGAGUGGCAAAGGCAGCGCCGCCAGCAGAACAUCCCGAACAGGUAUCAACCCUGCCAUGCUUUUCUCUGUUCAAGGUCUGGUACUAGGUGCCCCUGAAGCCUGCAGCCCAUCCACUUCUUCACAGCCCAGCCGUGGCCUCCUUCCCUGCGCAGCCCAGCAGCCUCAACCGCAGCCCCCCCAGCAGCCACCGCCGCAACCCCAAGGGCUCCCGCCCGCAGCCCCGCAGCAGCCAGCCAUCAGUAACCACAUGAUGUCCCAGCCGGUCCCAGCGCUGCAGCCUGUUCAGUAUUCUCCAAGCUCCUGCCCCCAAGUCCUCUUGCCAGUCUCUCCACCCCAGCAGUACAACUUGGCCGAUGAGCUCAGCAACCCUUUUGGACAGAUCAACCUCAGCCGACAAGGCUCUGCCGAAGCGCCGGAUCCUUCCUCGGCUAUGUUCCAGUCAUCCCUCAUCUCCCAGCACCCUCAGCAGACAGGAUUCAUCAUGGCAACCCCUGGGCAGCCCAUUCCCACCUCCAGCUACUCUGCCUCAGGGCAUACGGCCCCCACACAGCAGGUGCUGCAGCCCCAGGGCUACAUUCAGCCCCCCCAGCAGAUUCAGGUUUCUUACUACCCUCCUGGGCAGUAUCCGAACUCCAGCCAGCAAUACCGAUCUCUAAGUCACCCAGUUGCCUACCGCUCGCCGCGUGGGAAGCUGCUCCAUUUAAACCCUGUUCCGACAGGUUUACAGCCCAUGAUGUCCAACCAGCAGCAAACAUACCAAGGUGUCAUGGGAGUGCAGCAGGCGCAGCCCCCUGGGCUCCUCAGCAGCCAGAGGAACAGCGUGGGGGGCCAGAUGCAGAGUGUGAUGGGAGUGCAGCAGGCACAGCCCCCUGGACUUCUCAGCAGCCAGAGGAGCGGGAUGGGCAACCAGAUGCAGAGCCUGAUGGUCCAGUACACUCCACUGCCUUCGUACCAGGUUCCUGUGGCCAACGAGUCCCAGAAUGUGGUCCAGCAGUCCUUCCAGCAGCCAGUGCUUGUACCAGCCAGCCAGUCUGUUCAGGGGGGGCUUCAAGGGGGAGGGGUACCCAUCUACUACAGCGUCAUCCCAGCAGCCCAGCAGAAUGGCACCAGCCCUGUUGGCCAGGGGAGCCACGGUAAGUACUACAGCCUGGACCAGCGGGGACAGAAGCCAGGAGACCUGUACAACCCAGACACCAGUGCUCAG